AUGCAGCCCACUGGGGACCCUCAGGGGAGGCCCGCACAGCCAACUCCUCUUCCCCACCUGGGUCCGGGGACGAUCCCGGGCCUCUUCUGGGAGCGGAGCGCCAAGGCCCGAGCCCGGCCCAGGCCCGAGCCCGAGCCCGGGCCCGAGCGGGCGCCCGACCCAGGCUGGGGCCACCGCCUCCCCUUGGAGAUCCUGGUGCAGAUUUUCGGGCUGCUGGUGGCAUCCGAGGGGCCCAAGCCCUUCCUGGGCAGGGCUGCCCGCGUGUGCCGCCGCUGGCGCGAGGCCGCCUCCCAGCCCGCGCUCUGGCACACCGUGACCCUGUCGCCCCCACUGGCCGGCCGCCCCCCCAAAGGCGGAGCCAAGGCGGAAAAGAAGCUCCUUGCUUCCCUGGAGUGGCUUAUGCCCAACAGGUUUUCCCAGCUCCAGAAGCUAACCCUCCUCCACUGGAAGUACCUGGUGCAGCCCGUACUGAAGCUCGUGAGUGAGUGCUGCCCUCGGCUCACCUUCCUCAAGCUCUCCGACUGCCAGGGGGUGAGCCCUGCCACCCUGGGUCUGCUAGCCAAAGCAUGCCCCCUGCUCCAUAGCUUGGACCUGCAGCACUCCACGGUGGAGUCCACAGCUGCAGUCAGCUUCUUGGAGGUGGCUGGGCCCCGGAUGUGCAGGCUGUGGCUGACCUACAGCUCCCAGACCACGGCCAUCCUGAGCCCACUGCUGGGCAGCUGCUGCCCUCAGCUCCAGGUCCUGGACAUGAGCUCCGGCGUCCACCGCAACACCAACCCCCUCCAUCUGCCAGUCGAGGCCCUGCAGAAAGGCUGCCCCCAACUGCAGGUGCUCCGGCUGCUGAACCUGAUGUGGCUGCCCAAGCCUUUGGAGCGAGCGGGUGCCCCGGGCCCAGGCUUCCCGGCCCUGGAGGAGCUCUGCCUUGCAGGCUCCACCUGCACCUUCGUGAGCAAUGAUGUUCUGGGCCGGCUGCUGCACGGUUCCCCACGCCUGCGCCUGCUGGACCUGCGUGGCUGUGCGCGAGUCACGCCUGCUGGCCUACACCAUCUGCCCUGUCAGGAGCUGGAGCAGCUGUACCUGGGCCUGUAUCACACGUCUGACCUGCUGACUCUAGCCAAGGAAGGCAGCCCCUUACUGACCCAGAAGUGGAGUCGGACCCUGCGGGACCUGGACUUAAGCGGCCAGGGCUUCAGUGAACAGGACCUGGAGCAGGCGCUAGCUGCCUUCUCGGGACCCUUGGGGAGCUCUCACCCGGCUCUGUGUUCCCUCAACCUCAGGGGCACACGGGUCACAGCCAGUGCAGCCAGCUCGGUCAUCAGCAGCUGUCCAGGCCUGGUGUACCUCAACCUGGAGUCCUGCCGCUGCCUUCCGCGGGGCCUGAAGCGGCCCUACAGGGGCCUGGAGGAGGUGCAGUGGUGCCUGGAGCAGCUGCUCACCAGCCCUCUGCCCCCCAGCUAGGCCUGUGUGCCGCGUGUGAGUGUUUUGUUACAAUAAAACUUCUUUAGGAA